AUGGAGCCAGGAAAAAAGCCAUGCAUCAGUGUUCUUUGCAUCGGAAACCCGGCUAUCACUACCUUGCUAGGCUGGAGGCUUCAACAAAGUACAUCGGCUGCUUGUCAGGAAACGAUUUUAUUUUUCAAUGUUCCUGAUGCCCCAAUAUCUCCACUUACGAUUCAUUCGAAGCCCUUUGGCGUUCGAAAAUAUCGACCCACUUAUCGUGCUAACAAAAUCAUUGAUCUCGCGAAUGAAGGAAAGGUGUUUGAUUAUAUUCUUGUUUCUAUCAAGCCUUGCCCUUAUACGUUUGAUUUGCCAUCUGUCAUUGAGCCAGUUGUGUCCAAGGGACAUACUUGUAUUGUCUACAACACGACUGGAUCGAUUGGGAUUGAAGAAACUUUCCUAAAGCAUUUUCCAGAGAAUCCUGUUUAUCCCUUUUCAUUUCACUCUGGAAUUGUCCAAAGAGAUGCCAAUGAAUUUCAUCACGGAGAAAGCACCCCUUUAUACUUAAGCAAAUUCGGACGCUCUGCCCACUAUGAUAAAUUAGACCUUUUGACAAACAUCUUGACUAACGGAGGAAUCAUGUGCGAAAUAGUGGAUUCACUUAUUCUAUUUCAAUUAGAUGAUUUAGCUUUUCCUAUUUCCUUGUUUCCCUUGACCGUCCUAACGCAGACUCCAAACGCAGCUAAGCUUUUACAGCAACAGGAAAUUUUUGACCUCCACAGAGGGGUCCUAUUAGAGUUAGAUUCCAUUGCUAAUGCUUUUCAUGGAUCUAUCGACAUUAAAAGGAUUUCAAAACAGCGGGAGUUCCUGGCGCAUGCUUCAGCGAACCCCAUGUACAAGGAAUAUAUCCAGCAUAAACCUAUGGAGUAUGUGUCAAGUUUGCGAUAUUUGGUUCAGUUAGCUGCUGAUCAUGAUGUAAAGACUCCAUACAUGCAUACUAUAAGUAUUUUACUUUCGCAUAUUCAACUUCCAGCAUCGCUAGCAAAUCAUCGCGUUCCUUGUGAUUUGCCAGCGCGUCCUACCACAGUUCCUUUAAAAAAUAAGGGAGCUAACAGUUUGAGGCAUCCUCAACCAUUUACGAUGUCCAUAGACCGUCUCAAUUCGAUGCCUACCCCGCGCUCUUCAAUGGCUACGUUUACGGAAGCUCAGAAAAGCCAUGUCGGUGAAGUAACACAAUCACCUGCGAGCACUUUGAAAGCCCGUGCAAUGUCUUCAGACAACAUGGAUAUGCUUUCACUUACGAAUCGUCGUUCUCGUCGUUCUCUUCACUCUUCGUCACUCGUGCAAAUUCAACAAUCUUUAAAGAAGUCGUUUGAUGGAUUAGGAAACUCUUAUGAUCAUCGAUUUUCUCGUAAAGUCGUUCCAAACCAAAGUCCUGGAAACUCUAAGGCACGCAUAAUGGCUGAAGGAAAAGAAGCUUUAUCCAAGACUCCUUCCUCAUCAGGAUCCCCGAAAGCGAGUUAUUCGAAUGAUGCGGAGCCGUGGACGCCAUCAGUGACCUAUGGAGCAAGCAUGUCUCGACCCAAUUCAAAUUCUACAAACUCGCAGAAUGAAGACGCCGAAGCUGAGUCUGAUUAUUUUACCAUUAUGAAUCACCCUGAAGCGAAUCAUCCUAGGGGAGAGGCUAAUCCUCGAAAAUCAUCUUUGCAAUCAGAAACCUCCAUGAUGACGAUGGUACCUUCAGCAGUGCGUCGCUUUCCAUUGACUCGAAAGUCUACGCAUAUAAAGUCCUAA